CAGAGCCAGCUACUCCUUUCCUGCUUCCAGUUCUCAGCUGCAGGUCGGUGGGGGCACUGAGGAUUUUCUUUCAACCCAGGGAGCAGUGGAACAGAUAGUUUGAUUAAUCCCACCGGGAGAGAUCUUUAACUGCAAAAGCGCUCUGCAAUGUUAGCUCUCUACGAGGAGAGCGAACCAUUGAAGACAGGAACAAAGGGACAACUGCUCUGUCUUGUUGUUGUUGUUGUUGCUGCUGUUGUUGUGUUGUUCAUUGUUGCCCUUGUUUUUUAGGGCGCUGUCGGCCAGACAGACCCGGUAAUCUGGGAGCGGGCAGUGGAGCGCGCUCCCCGCAGUCAACUUGUGGGUGCGCUGGGGAAACAGAUCAAGUGUCAAUCAAGGGCGCGCGCUGGACUCCUCCGAACGCCGGGUGCGGGCAAACAAACUCCUGCAGGCUCCCCCGCAGAAGAGAACAUGCCCCCCAAAUCCUUUUCCAAUCUCUCCGAGGCCCUGGGCGCAAAUCUCAGCGCUCCUGACCCGGGGGCUCACGCCAAGGACCUCUCGCCUCCCGCCUACGGGACCCCCGCCGAGUUGGUGAUCCGCUGCGUGAUCCCGUCCCUCUACCUGCUCAUCGUCACGGUGGGCUUGCUGGGCAACGUCCUGCUGGUGAAGAUCUUCAUCACCAACAGCGCCAUGAGGAGCGUCCCCAACAUCUUCAUCUCGAACCUGGCCGCCGGGGACGUGCUGCUGCUGCUCACCUGCGUGCCGGUGGAUGCCUCGCGCUACUUUUUCGACGAGUGGAUGUUCGGGAAGGUGGGCUGCAAACUCAUCCCCGUCAUCCAGCUUACGUCCGUGGGGGUUUCGGUGUUCACGCUCACCGCGCUCAGCGCGGACAGAUACAGAGCCAUUGUAAACCCCAUGGAUAUCCAGACAUCAGGGGCAGUGCUGUGGACCUGUGUGAAGGCCGUGGGCAUCUGGGUAGUCUCUGUGCUGUUGGCAGUUCCUGAAGCUGUGUUUUCAGAAGUGGCUCGUGUUGGCAGUUUGGAAAACGGCAGCUUCAUAGCAUGCAUACCCUACCCUCAGAAGGAUGAAUUACACCCAAAGAUCCAUUCAGUGCUCAUCUUCUUGGUCUAUUUCAUCAUACCACUUACUAUUAUUAGCAUUUAUUAUUAUCAUAUUGCAAAGACCUUAAUUAAAAGUGCACAUAAUCUUCCUGGAGAAUAUAAUGAGCAUACCAAGAAACAGAUGGAAACACGGAAACGUUUGGCUAAAAUCGUGCUGGUCUUUGUGGGCUGCUUUGUCUUCUGUUGGUUUCCAAAUCACAUCCUCUACCUGUACAGGUCUUUCAACUACAGUGAGAUUGAUCCCUCCCUAGGCCAUAUGAUUGUCACCUUAGUUGCCAGGGUUCUGAGCUUUUGCAAUUCUUGUGUCAAUCCAUUUGCUCUUUAUGUACUCAGCGAAAGCUUCAGGAGGCAUUUCAACAGCCAACUCUGCUGUGGAAAGAAGUCAUUUCAAGAAAGAUCAACUAGCUACUUACUCAGCACCUCUGCAGUUCGCAUGACCUCUCUGAAAAGCAAUACUAAAAAUAUGGUGACCAAUUCUGUCUUACUAAAUGGGCACAGCAUGAAGCAGGAAAUGGCGCUGUGAUUUUGACCAUUCGUCUAAAUAUCUGGAAAGAACUUUCUAUUUUAUAUCUGUUGAGCAGAGCAGAAUUAAACUGUUUUCUCAUUCUGAUUACCAUUAUUCAACUAACUAAUUUGUGAAAGGAUUCUAAGAUUGAUUCAGAAAGGACGAAUCAAACAGAUCUGAAAAAUAUUUUUCUGACUAGGAUUUUAAAUUACAUUAAAAUAUGUUUAUCGUUCACACUAAAAUGUUACAAAAUAAAUUCUUCAUGUAUAUAAAUCCACAUUGCUUUAAGGUUUAAACUGUUGCUAGAGAUCACUCUGGUAUAUUUAUCUUAAAUUUAUUUUAUCUUGAUGCAUGAAAUAAAUUCCUUUGUUGAGAUGACUUAACAGUGUAUGAGUCCAACCUCUAAUAUUUGAUACAGUCUUUUUUUCUUAGUGAAUUUUAUUUAUAACUAGUGAAUGCAUGUAUCACCAGGUUUGAAUAAAGUAUUAGAAUAUUCAAAAGUUGGAGCUUAUUGAUAAGUGAAUAAUAAUUAUUGUGAUUCUUUAUGUGAUUUAUCAUAAUGUACAGCAAUAGCUUAUACAUGGAGCUUCUACUUGUAUAAUUAACAGUAAUAUGGUAUUUGUGGUAUAAGUGGCCAAGUAGGUGUUAUGUGAUUAUGAUUAUAUUCUGCAUGUAAUAUGUGUGUCAUAUGCCCCAAAUUGUAAUCCUGUGAUUAAAAAUUGGCAUGGCAAUUUUUGUAUGCAUUACUAAAUCCUUGAAUAUUUGUAUGACUCUAUAGAUAGAAGGCUUGUGUAUGUUUAGUGAAUUCAAGCAUUUGUUUUCUUGCAACAGUUACCUGGCAAGUACAAAUGAUUUGCAUCAUUCUCAUGAUUUUCUAUGAAUCCGAGUCUUAAUAUUUUGCCCCAAAAGGAAGAGGUUAUCUUAAUUAAAUUCCAAAAGUUGCCUUCUAAGUGUGUAUUAACAAGUAAGACAUUGAACUAAAUAUGUUUCAUGUGUUUUUCUUUUUCAAAUAUGGUGACUACAAAACUGUGCAUUAAAUUCUUAAACAGACUAGA